AUGGAUAACUUCUCAGCAUUAUUCAGCAUUACCAAAGACAAUAAUUCAUCCUAUAUGGACGAUGAUUUUGAUUUAGGUAUAGAUUUCGAAACUGCGUAUAAUGUAUUUAAUGAAGUAUUUGAUGAUAACGAUAAUUCUGAUAAGAAUGAUGAUCACAACUACAAUAGAAACAGUCCGACAAAGAGUCAGAAACAAAAUAAUAUAAAUACAAAUAUAAUUCACAAUCAUGACCAAAAUCUUAGUCAGUUGCAAAAUCAUAAUUAUAUGAAUGAUAACGUACUUCUUACAAACACGUUACCUUCACCAUUAAAAGUGACCUCGCCUGAUUUGAAUCUAAUCUCUAAUAAUAUGUCAAAUAAUCAUAAUCAGAAUCACAUUCACAAUGAUAACUCAAACUCCAAGAAAAAUUUUAAUGUUAAUAAUGAUCGUUAUCUACAGAAUAAUAUAACCCCUACAAAUGGGCUACAUAUUUCUUCCCCUACUGAUAUGGAUAAAGAAAUUCAAAAUAUACUAAACAGCCAAAGUGAUGAUAGUUUAUUACUUCCUACAACCAAUCCUCAAUUGUUAACGUCAUUAGAAAGUAAUGCCAUCGAGAAUUUUUUAGAUAGCUUGAUUAAUUCACAUCCAUCACCGAUUAGCGCAAUAAAUACCAAUAACAAUAAUCAUACUAACAAUCACACAGCUAGCAACGUUUUCGAUAAUGAUGGUGAAAAUAAUUUUCAUCACAGUAAUAAUAACCCUUCGCAUAACCAUACAUUCAUUUUAUCACCUGCAUUUAACUCAAAUACUUCUUCAUCUACUUCAAAUUCAAAUAUUGCAUCAAAUUAUAGUACACAAUCUGUAACUACAAACAAUUCAUCUGCUUUACAAAAACAAAAUAUGCAUAUUGAUCAACAAAAUCAAAUUAUUAAAGGAAAUAAUCCUAUUUCUUCAAGUUCAAAUACUUUCAUCGAAAACAAAAGCACAAAUAUCCAAGACUCGAAUAAUGAUAAAAGGACAUCUCAUAAUAAUUCCAAUGAACUAAAAAUUACCAAUGACCCACCAUCAGUCAAAUCUUCAAUUUAUUUACCAAACGAAAUAGAAUUACCAGAAUUAAAGAUAGAUGAUUCUGAAAUGCCUUCUGAUAUUAGGAGUGAUCCAAAAAAAGUUAAAAAAUGGAGACAUGUAAAUGCAGAAAGGCAAAGAAGAAAUUUAAUCAAAUCGACAUUUGAAAAUCUGAUAUCGUUAGUUAAAUUUCCAAGAUACGAGGAAGUUGAUCCAAAAGAUAUCAAGAACGACGGAGAAAAGAAUUUGAUUACAUUUCCAAUGGAUAAAAGAAUACCGAAACACAUCAGUUUAAGUUACAUUUUACAAGAUAUGAAAGGUAUCAUUAGUGCCAACGAACAAUUGGAAUUUUUGUUAAACACAAUUUUAGAAUAA